UUUAUAUUUGAUUUAGAUUCUCGUACGGUGGUCAUCGAACAGCCGUCGCAUUCGUGCAAACUCUGCGGUAAAACGUUUUGGAAUCGGGACUCGAUGUACAAACACAUGAACAUGCACAAAGGGACGACUCAGUGUCCGGUGUGCCAUAAAGUGCUGAGCCGCACGACACACAUGAAGCGACAUUUAAAAAAUCGGCACGGUUGGCUAGGCGUGGGGACGACCGCCGCAGCCGCCGCAACUGCAGUUGCGAACGCCGCCGCAGCAGCAGCAGCAGCAGCCGCAGCCGCAGCCGCAGCCGCCGCCGGGAAUGGAGCUGGGACAGGAGGAACCGCAUCCACCAACGCCGUCCCUGGUGUCGUCCCCGUUGUAUCCGCUGUCAGCGGCGCCUCCACGCCACCUGACGCCUCUGUCACCACGCCUCUGCCACAGCCUAUUUCCGUCUCCUCCACUGCGAUCGCCCACCAAAACGUCGGAAGUCCCACCGCUGGUCUCGAGCCUAACGCCACCUAUACCACUAUACGCAUCAGAGAGAGCAGCGUCGAGAGAAUCACGUCUAGUCCUAUUCCUUAGUGCGAACAUAUCCUGCCCAACUCGUACACCCGUCGACGUAAGAGAGGAUAAAUCAUCCUUUUCCCGUUUCUCUUUUUUUCUUCUUCUCCCCCUUCCCCUUCUUUCCUUGCUUUUUUUUUUCUUCAUUCGUCCAAUUCUUUCCUCGUGUAUUACGCGUAUCGUUUUCGAUCCAAGAUCGGAAAGAUUUUUACAUAUAUAUAUAUAUAUGUAUACGUGAUAUGUAUGCAUAUGUAUGUAUAUGUAAGGUUAGGUUAUUAGGAACGUAUCUUUGCUCGAUUGAAAAUGAAUUAACGAAUAUGGUGAUGAUCAACGAAAUGCGAUGUAAAUAAUGUAAGCGAAUGAGGUCGAGCUCAAGGUCGAGUUCGUUCGAGAGAAUACGGGGACACGUUUAUUUUUUUUUUUUUAUUCACAAAUAAUAAUUUUUCUCAUCUCGGAAACGCGAUGCGUAAAAUAUCUCUCUAGUCGUCGACGGGAAGCCUGUUAAAGAGACGCCUGUCUUACACUUUUCACCCUAGUCAUUUAUACACAUAUAUGUGUAUACGUUCGAGUUAAUGUGUAUCUAUCUGUAUAUGCAUAUACGAAAGAGGAGAAGAAGAUGUGUAGAGAAGAGAAGAGAGAAGAAUGGAAGAAGGAAGAGAGAAAGAAAAAAAAAAAGAAAAGGAGUAGAUUUCGCGUGCGAAUUAUGAUUACCAGGAGGAGAAUAAACCUAUAUUAUUAACCUUUUUUAUAACCAAAGACAUGCUAUAGGAAAGAAAGAAAAAGGCAAAUUAUUUUAUCUAGUCAAAUGAGUUCGGUACUUAAUAGCGUGUAAGGAGGAAUGUGCAUCUUUCUUUGUACGAUCGAUCAAGAGUAUACAUAAUGUUCGCGUGCUAUCCUGAAAGUAGUAGAUCAAUUGUGAGACUGAGCAAAAAAAAAAAAAAAAAAAAAAA